AUGAAUGAAAACGACAGUACAACAACAAUUACAGAUCAAUUAAAUUCUCUUCGUUUAAUAUUACGUUCAGAUGAUCAUCUUCAAAUUCAACUAUUAGGAGAUUAUGAGCAAGUUCGUAUCAAACUUGAUCAUGAUAUACAAAUAAGUUUUUUCUUUAAUACACUUAACAUUUUACAUAAAUCAUUAACUAUUAAUAAUAUACAUGAUUUACGAAUUCAUAAAUCAUCAAAUAAAUGUUCAUUAAAUAAUGAUCAGUGGACAAAUAUUCAUAAAUAUUUUGAUGAAAUUAUUCAGCAAUCAAAUGAACAAACAUCAGUUCAAUAUAUUAUUCAAUUAAUUUAA